AUGAAUAACACAAACAAGAGCGAAAUGGUAAAGGACAACAAGCAAGGAAGCAGAUCCAACACGACGAAAACCCUGUGGGUAGGGGACCUAGACAAGAUAAAAGACGAAGUUGUAGAUCAGAACUAUAUCCUACACUGUAUGUUUUACGAAUUUGCCGAAGAUAUAAUAAAAGUAAAAUUAUGCAAGGAGAAGAAUUCGCAAAAAUAUUCUUAUGCAUUCAUAGAAUUCACCAAUUUUGACAUCGCCAAGUACUGCUUUGAUAAUUUAAACGGUAAGUGGAUACCUGGAAGGAUACACAAGUUUAAGUUGAACUGGGCCAAAUACAAUGUGAGUGAGAAUGUUAAGACGAAUGAGAAGAGCCUAGACGUUGAGCUGGAUGAUAAGGGGACAUAUUCUAUAUACGUUGGGGGGCUACCCAAAGGAACAACAAAGGAAGAAAUCGAAACGCUCUUUUCCCGCUUCUAUUCUAGUAUCUGCUUCGUUAAGGUGAUUAAAAAUACGCAGAAAAAUCAAAAUCAAAAUAAGAUAUACUGCUUUAUUCAUUUUUUUAAUCACGAUGAAUGUAUUAGAGCUUUAACCGAAAUGAAUGGCCAUGAUUUUAAGGGCUGUAAAAUUAAGGUGAGGAAAUCCAAUGGGGUAAAAAUUGGCAAGGGGGGCGAAGAGGGAAACACUUACUACCACAAAAAUAACAAUUAUCAAGUGCACAUGAACAACGUGAAAGGAAUGAACAUGGGGAGCUACAAUGUGGGUUCGUAUGGCGGCAACUACGCACAGGGAGGCUACACGCAAGGCAACUACCCACAGGGCAGUUACAGCCAAGGAGGCUACACACAGGGGAAUUACAACGAAGCCAACUACAACGCCCACAGCGGUAACGGAAGCGGUGGAAACAACAACAGCAACAACCGCAACAGCAAAAAUCACCCGAGCUGUGGCAGCAACACUAGUAAGGUAGCGAACAACCAGGCGAAUGAAGAAGAAAAUAAGAACGUCGCAGCAGCGGGAGUAGGUGCCCCUGUGGGAGGGGCCACUGGGGGAGAUGCCAAUAAAAACUACUACAUGUAUUACCAAAACCUAAAUAGCGAACUGAACAAUCCCUAUAAGGUAAACUACUACAACCACCUAAGCUCCAAUGUUACAUCCUACCCUACGUACGACACCUCAGCAAACCAUGUGACGAAUAACCUCUCGUAUAAUUCGAACAGUUACGGCAGUGAGAUGAACUACUACACUGGUCAAAUGACUCAAAUGACGCAAUUGACACAAAUGGCACAAAUGAGUAGCUACGGAAACGAUGUCAAUCACACGAGUAACUUCCCCGGGAGCAAUGGCCAAGUGAGCAACUACACCUCGGAAUUUAAUUGCAUCACUAAUUAUAAUCUCACCUCUGGAAAGGAGGAUGAGGAGAAUCUUAUAAAUUACAGAAUGGGGAACGCAAAUUAUGCUUCUUCUCUUAACAGCGAGCAUUCUCAUGAUGGCUUGAAAAACAUGACACAUGGAAAAAAGGAAGGAAAUGGAAACCUAAAAGAUGAAGAUAUGUCGGCCGAAGAUAAUUUAGUAAAUCAUAUGAAGAAAAAAAACCAAAGGAUGGAAGGGAACCUAAACAGCAUGAACAAGGCCUAUGGGCUAAACUUUUACAACCGCCCCUGCCCAAACAAUGAAUAUAGUAACAAUGGCUUCAACCCAAUGAGUUUUAACAAGAGUAACACAAAUGACGAAACUAACUGUAAUGGCACCAUGGGAACUUGUCACCACAACGAUAUCAGCGGUGCGAAUAAUUAUUACUAUGAUGAGGACGCGCACAACAUCAAAGGAAGAAGCAACCACGCCAGAAGAGGAAACAAGGAGAAAAACAAUAACCGAAGUCAUAGCAACACCAACAACAGCACGAACAAUGGAAGUGUAGACAACAAUGAGACGAUUGACAAUGAACAGAGCGUUCACAACAAUGACAUUGUCGAUAACGACCAGAGCGAUGGCAAAGAUUACAGUAACGAUGAGGAUAAUAAGUGA